AUGCCGUUUAGGAAUACUGCCGUCGGAAGGCCGGAGGAGGCGGCUCACCCAUAUGCCCUGAAGUCGGCGUUGGUGGAGUUCAUAUCUACUCUCACAUUCGUGUUUGCUGGGGAGGGCUCCGGCAUGGCCUUCAACAAGCUCACUGACAACGGCUCCACAACCUCAGCAAGGCUCGUGGCGGCUGCCCUGGCACACGCUUUUGGUCUUUUUGUCGCCGUAUCCGUCGCCGCCAACAUCUCCGGCAGCCAUGUGAACCCAACUGUCACCUUCGGCGCCUUCGUCGGUGGUAACAUCACCCUCCUCCGUGGCAUCCUCUACUGGAUCACCCAGCUCCUUGGAUCCACCGUUGCUUGCUUGCUUCUUAAGUUCGCCACCAACGGCCUGGUGAGAAAGGCUAUUCGUUUUCUGUUAGUUGUUACUGCUAGUCUGACACUUUAUGAGUCCAGGGAUGGCGACACGGGCCGGACCAUAUUGCAUGCACUUGGGCUUGGAACGCCCUCUCACCGUCCAACCUCUCCGCAGAGAUUCCGCUAUGGAAGCUGGCCAACAGGACGUAUUUGA